AUUUUUACUUGGUAUAACGGGUAAGGUGACCUGUUGGGUUCAUUUUGGGAGAAAAAAAAUAUAAAUUUAAGUUUAUUUUAGGAAGAUUUUAAGGUUAAUCCAUUUUGGGAGAAUGGGGCAAAGAUUGAUUUGUUGUUAUUAAAUUUUCCAAGGCAAUAUAUGGAUAAAAAAAAAUAAAAAAAAAAUCUAAGGUAAAUAAAUCGCAAGUAGAGGUAGACAGGUAGUCACAAUGUGAGUGUGAAAUUUCUGGACUAGUACUUUAUUUGGGUUCAGUAUACAGUAUUUUAUUUCAAGUCAAUCGUGACUUAUAAUCUCUCUGCAAUCUACCAGCUGUCUCAGAUAUUAUAGUGACGAUCCUUUCAUCUGACCAGAGGGAUAGAUAGUAGGGGGGUUAUGUGUGUGUGUGCGCGUGCGCUUGUUAAGAGAAAAGGGAAGUAUGAGCCAAGAUAAAAAGAACACGAAAGAUGUAAAUGAUGAGGUUGAAGAAUUGCUUAGGGCUGCAGAGGAUGCAGCUUUACUAAAAAUUAACCUCAACUCACACACAGUUCAUGCCUCCCCUUCUGAUCUACACCCAGACCUAGAGCAGCGAUUCAGGGACCUUAAGAUGGGCUCUAAAUCGAAGACAAAGAAAGAGAGUGUAACCAGAAAAACACCUCCACCACAGUCUGCUGAAGUGAACAAAGAGAUUGAGGAGGAUGAAUUAUUAGCCAGAUUUGCAGCUCUGAAGGCCUCUUUGCCUAAGCCAUCUCCCUCUGCUUCCUCUUCAUUUGUUGGUGUUGAGACAUCAGAUGUUUCUGUUGAGGAUAAGCUUGCUGGUGGCAGUUUGGAAGGUAAAGCUAUCAUUGACAAUGAAGAGGAAGAUGAAGUAGAGAAGGUUAUAAGGUGGGCUAUGGAUGCGGUGCGUCUUGAUCCAUCUCCAUCUUCUGAUGAUGAGGAGUUAGAAGAUGAUACACAAGAUGAUGAUUCUGAUGACAAUGAGACGAGUGAUGAAGAUGUUGAGAGCUCUAAAAAGAAACCAAAGGGGAAAUGCAAAUAGCCCAUAUCUCUCAAUGUAGCGCUCAACAGAUUUCCGAGCAUCAAGAGACAUCAAUUGGAGCACUUGACGGUGGCCCUGAGGAUAGUUGGAAUUAACCGACAACCCAAGUUUCACAUACUUGCGGACGUAGUUCUCAUAGAUGUAUGCAGCGCCAUUAAAGAUUGGUAGCACCAACCACAUGCAAAACAAGAGCUUUACAUAUGGCCAGAAAGGAAGCCUGCAACAUUUUGGGAAAUUUAUUUUAAUUGACUUGGCUUUUCUUAUUGCUAAUACAUUAUAUGAUCACCAUUUAUCGAUCCAUAAAUAAAGAUACCAUUGAAGGACUCUCCAACAUGAGAGCUCAAGGAGAGUUGUCAA